AUGGAACAGUUGUAUCUAAAAUACCAACAAAAACCAUGGACUGAAACUCUGAAACUUGUCCAUUUUUGCAUGGAUAAGCCACUUCGACAGCCUGUCAGUAACCCUCCAGAUGGUCCAUUGCCCUCUUGCAUGGAGAAGAUACAGAGGACACUAAAUGCUAAAUCUUUGUUUUCUGUGAUGAACAGAUUGGAAUCUUUAUCCAAACAAAAAGGGCUUAACUCUCAUGUUAGCCCCAGUGGAACUGCCUGCUACAUAACUUCAGAUAUGUUUUAUAUAGAAGUCCAGCUGGAGAAGGAUGGGAAGGUGCUGGAUGUAAAGCUGGCUCACCUUGGAGAGGUUCCUGUGAUUUGUGAUGAUUUGGUGCAGCAUCUAAGGAUGAAGAACUAUGAUGCCUUUGGAAAGAUUCUAGAAGACCUGUCAAAUCUAUAUCAGAUUCCAGGAAACAGUGAAAUGAAAGCUAAGGGAUACCUUGCUUUGCAGUGCCUUGAAAAAGAUCUUUAUUCAAUAUCUCUUCUAGACGGAAGAGAGGAUGUAAACAGAGUUGCUGAAGUACUUCAUGGAAAAGUAGGACACCUGGUGCCAAGAACUGGAGGAACUCCUAUGAACAUUGAAUUUUACAUUUCUCCCUGUCAAGUUUUGGAAGCAGAACUAAACCCUGAUUCCCAGGUAUGUGGAGCAAAAAUAGUUGUAACUGUUGAAGGCACAGAUAUACUCCACAAACUUCCUAUUUCUCCAUUAAUUGCAGAUUGUCAAGCUGGAGAAGAUGGCAGCCCUGCUUUUUUGUCACUGACUGACGAACUCAGCAUGGAUUUGUCAGCUUGUUUUUUGUUGAAGCCUCACCAGCCUAUUCCUAUGUUCUCAUCCAAUAUUGAAGAGAUACAGAAGCUCACAGGGAUUCAGAUUGCUGGCUUGAAACUAGUUCCUCUAUAUGAGCUGAUUGUUCAGUCUACUCUUAAAGAAAAAUGCAGUGAAGACUUGUCUACACAUAAUUCCUGUUUCUUUGUGUCUCUUCCAGAUUGCCCAAAGCACUGUUACUUCAUAAACAAGGGCUCAGAAAAAUCAGAUUUAGCAGGAGCAUUGGUCAGUAAAAUCCCGUUUACCCAUCCAAAGUGUGUGCCUGGCAUAAUAGAGGUUCUUCGACAUCAAAUGGCCUAUAACACUCUUAUUAGCAGCUGUGUCUCUGAGAAGCACAUAAAUGAAGAUGACUCAGAACUGCUUUACUUUGAAGUGGCACCACAAAAGAACACCAGCUUUUCUGUUUCUUUUCUUCAUCCUGUGAAAGACAAUUUAGCCUGUGAGAAAUCCAAUGUAGACUUCAUUUAA